GAUUUAUUGCGUUUUAAUUUGUUUGUCCUAGCACGCUUGCCUUACUGUUUUUAGCUUCUCUGUUGCUACCUCUGUAGCUUCUGUUGGCUUUAUCAUCGGUACAGCUUUAUUACUCCUGUCACUUAUUUUUGUUAACAGUUUAAUUUCAAUUAUACAUAUGCCGCCGUGCUUCGGGACUUUUUUUUUUAUUGAGUCAUGUUUUUAAUUAACAGCAACAUCUUUUCCAUAGCACGGUAUGCUAAAGAGGAGUUUAUUUGAGUGUUUUGAUAAGGAUGGGUAUUUUGUCUACCACAGUGCUCGUCCUUUUUCUGUCUUUGUUAGCGUGUUUAUACAAGGAUCUUUUGUUCAGCAAUGAAGGCAGACUAGUUAGGUCAGGUCAUUUUGAUCAUUAUGAGGUCAUACUACGUAAAAACCCCGAUUAUUCUUAUCCCAGAGAACCAAAGAGCAUUUCAAAGAGUGACAUCCACCCAGAUAUUCCCCAAAGAACCGAAAAUUCUAGAGAAACUGAAUGCACCACAACUCCAGAGAGUCGGUUUGACUGUGGCAGGGACAGGUUGUUGAGCCAAGAGGAGUGCGAGGACAGAGGGUGCUGCUAUGGUCCUCUACCUGGAUCUGCAGGACCACCCUGGUGCUUCUUCCCUGCCCUGUACCCAGGCUAUGACAUGGGACCCCUUACCCCCAGUGAGAAGGGUCAGACUGCCACCCUGACCAGGGCCAACCCUUCCUAUCUCCCCAAAGAUAUCGCCACUCUGAGCCUGGAAGUCAUGGCGGAGACUGCAAGCUGCUUUCACAUUGUUUUAAAGGAUCCAUCCUCUCAGCGGUAUGAAGUCCCCCUCCUAGCUGGUAGCGUUCAGACAGAAGCAUAUACCCAGGAUGUUCUCUUCACAACCGAAUUCCAGCAUGAUCCCUUCGGUUUCAUAGUGCGACGCAAGUCCAAUGGGAGGGUUCUUAUGAACACCACAGUUGCUCCCUUGCUGUUUGCUGACCAAUACCUGCAGCUGUCCACCUCUCUGGCCUCCUCUUUGGUGUCUGGCCUUGGAGAACAUUACACCUCUCUUGUCCUGGACCUCAACUGGACAUCAUGGACUCUUUGGAACAGAGACAUGGCACCACAUGCUGACGCUAACCUCUAUGGCUCCCAUCCAUUCUACAUAGUGCAGGAAGAUGACGGCUUAGCACAUGGAGUUUUUCUUCUCAACAGCAAUGCAAUUGAAGUGAUACUGCAGCCAACACCAGCUCUCACAUGGGUAUCCACUGGUGGAAUCCUGGAUCUGUACAUUUUCUUGGGUCCUGACCCCCAAAGUGUGAUACGACAAUACCUCCAGGUCAUUGGGUAUCCCAUGAUGCCUCCUUAUUGGUCUCUGGGCUUUCAUCUUUGUCGCUGGGGUUAUACAACUACUAAUGCAACCCGCAUGGUUGCAGAACGCAUGCACAGUGCAAACUUUCCUAUGGAUGUGCAGUGGAAUGACCUGGACUAUGCAGACAAGAGAAGGGUGUUCACCUUCGACCCUGUGCGAUUUGGUGAUCUUCCGGAGAUGGUCCAGGAGUUUCAUAAGAAAGGCAUAAAGUACGUCCUCAUUCUGGAUCCGGGCAUUAGCAGCACCAGCCCCCCUGGAACAUACCCGCCUUUUGAAAAUGGUGUGAAACGAGACGUGUUUAUUAAGAAUGCAACUGGAGACAUUCUGAUAGGCAAGGUUUGGCCCGGCCCAACAGCAUUUCCUGACUUCACCAAACCCGAGGCCAGGCAGUGGUGGGAGGACUGCAUCAGAGACUUCUUCUCUAAAGUUCCUGUAGAUGGUCUGUGGAUUGAUAUGAAUGAACCGUCCAGUUUUGUCCAGGGAUCAGUGGUGGGCUGCCCUGACAGUGAGCUUGAGAAACCACCAUACACACCUAGGGUGGUUGGAGGCCAGUUGAACUCAGGGACCAUAUGUAUGUCGGCACAGCAGCAGCUGUCCAGUCAUUACAACCUGCACAAUCUGUACGGAUUGACUGAAGCUUAUGCAACGCACAGCGCUCUCAUGACCAUUCAGGGGAAGAGACCCUUUGUUUUGUCUCGCUCCUCGUUCCCCGGCAUCGGGCGGUUUUCUGGAGUGUGGACAGGAGAUGUGAGGAGUGACUGGGAGCAGCUUCGGUUCUCCAUCCCUGCCGUGCUGCAGUUCAGCCUGUUCGGAGUCCCCCUGGUGGGAGCGGACAUAUGCGGCUUUGAAGGCAACACCAACGAGGAGUUGUGUGUUCGAUGGAUGCAGCUUGGCACCUUUUAUCCGUUUAUGAGGAACCACAAUGACAAGCCCAAUGCUCCUCAGGAGCCGUUUGUAUUUGGGCAGAAGGCCCAAGCAGCCAUGCGGACUGUGUUGAACCUCCGCUACUCCCUUCUACCGUUCCUCUAUACUCUCUUCCAUCGCGCACACACAUCUGCUGACACUGUAGCUAGGCCCCUCUUCAUGGAGUUUCCCUCCGACCCUCAUUGUCGUACCAUAGACCAACAGUUCCUGUGGGGGAGUUCACUUCUCAUCAGUCCUGUUUUAGAGCAAGGCGCAGUAGAGCUGAGCGCGUACCUACCUGCUGGCACUUGGUACCACCUGCAAAAUGGUCAGCCUUUCCACAGUAACGGUCAGUACGUUCAGCUAUCGGCCCCUCUGGAAACAAUCAACGUUCAUGUGAGGGAGGGGCACAUCAUCCCCCAGCAGGAACCUGCUUUGACCACUGCAGCUUCACGUGAAAACCAGUUCUUCCUGACGGUGGCGCUGUCCACUGGUGGCUGGGCACGGGGGGAGUUGUUCUGGGAUGACGGAGACAGCCUUAGAACCUUUGAAACACAAAACUAUUGUUAUGUUAACUUCACUGCUGGACAGUCGCAGAUAGUCAGCAACCCUCUCAACCUCAAUGGAGCUUUGGCCAGUCUUCUUCUGGGAGGCGUCCAGGUGUUUGGAGUGGCUUCACAACCUCUUUAUGUCUUGGUUAAUGGAGAGAAAGUUAUAGACUUUACGUAUAAGAUUGACACAAAGGUUCUAUCAGUGACUCCUCUGGCCUUGCCUAUGUCAAAGACAUUUACAGUCCAGUGGGUUCUAUGAUGCACCAAAUUUGUCAUAUUCUUUGCCUUUGCCCUGUGCUGCUAAAAUGAUCAGCUGCAUUAUUCUGUCAUCACACCAGCAGAUUUUCUUUAAGCCUUUGAGUGUGAACUAAAAAGUAAUUUGUUUUUUGAUAUUUUUUAAAAUCAGGAUCAGUUUGUGAUAUGUAAAAAUAGUAGUGUAAAUAUUGCUUUGUAAGUAGUGUUUGUAAAAUAUGCAAAAAAAACCAACA